GACACACCCUGUAUAGUGAACCUAAACAGCAGCAGGUAGAUAUUUGUAUUCGUACCUGUAGCCGAAACUCGUUUCAUUCCAAACCUGAAGUAGUCGCAGUUUCUGUAGCCGCUCUUCAGACUGUACCUCCGUUUUAUUCUGUUCAUACUCGACGAGCUGCUUGGAGCUUUUAACGAGGAUAAAACUCAGCCUUCUCGGUUUCAGAAUGCAACCUUCUCGCUUUGGGUGGAUUUCCUGCUGGGUAUUGUUAGGUCUUUGGACAAGUAAUGCACAAGAAUGCGGUCAGCCGCCUCUGCAGAGCAGAAUAGUUGGAGGAUUUGACGCAACUGCAGGUCACUGGCCAUGGCAGGUUGAUAUACAGGGCUCUUCAGGACAUGUAUGUGGAGGAACAAUCAUCUCUGUGAGCUGGGUUCUGUCUGCAGCUCACUGUUUCCCAAACCCUUCUGACACGUCCCAGUACAUGAUCUAUGCAGGCCGUUUGCAGUUGAAUGGAUGGAACCCAUAUGAGACGAAUCAUCGGAUUAAACGUGUGGUGGUGCCAUAUGGCUACACUGACCCACAGCUGGGCCAGGACAUAGCUUUAGUGGAGUUGGCUAGCCCAGUCACGUGGUCUGAUCACAUCCAGCCCGUGUGCCUGCCAAAUGCAGAUGUUUCAUUUUCUGGAGGAACGAUGUGCACCAUCACAGGCUGGGGAGACAUUAGAGAUGGAAUCUCUUUGCAGGGGGUGGGAACUCUGCAGCAGGUGCAGGUGCCAAUCAUUGAUCAGUCCGCCUGCCAGGAGAUGUUCCAGAUCCAACCCACAGAGCAGGUUAACAUUCGCUAUGACAUGCUCUGUGCCGGCUUUCAACAGGGGGGAAAAGAUUCCUGCCAGGGGGAUUCUGGAGGACCGCUGGUGUGCCAAACAUCUAGUGGCGUCUGGCUACAGGCUGGCAUUGUGAGCUUCGGCCUGGGCUGUGCCCAGCCCAACAGGCCAGGUGUCUAUGCUAGAGUGUCGGCCUUUUCCAACUUUAUUCAGAGCAACAUUCCGGGACUACAACUGCGUAGUGCAGCUGAUCACAACUGGACCGGCUGGCUCAUCAUACUCAGCAGGACUGUAAUCGCACUAGCUAUGGCACAGCUACUGAGAUAAUCUCAAUUUAUCUAAUGCCAAGAAAAGGAUCAAUUCACAAACCUCAGGUGACAUUAUAAAGAGGUAAUGCAGACUGUGAUUAUUGUUUAUACAGCAUACUGUAUGUUGAAUACAAUGUUCUACCGGCCUUUGCAUUCAGUGGCUACUCAGUGGAAUGUGCACAACUAGAUUUUAGAAAGGUAACAGUUUAGUCAGAGGUGAUGUGCAGUUUGCACAUAAACUCUAAGUAGACUAUUUUAUGAAAUGUCUGUAAACUGCAAGAUUUGACAACAAUAAAUUGAGGAUAGUAGUUAGGAUUUAACUGUGGGAUCAAGUAUUUAUUGAUUUUUAUUGUUUUUUUACUCAUCUUGCCUUUAACCGAUUGUCUGUCUUAAAUAAAAAAUCGUGUAUCGUG